AUGUCUGGUACUCUACCCCCAUUUCUCCCAGGCCCUCGCCGCAUCGUAACUUCGCAUGAUGGCGACGGACAGGCCGUGGUUUCAGUUGAUGGAACAGUGAUGAUAGAAAACUUCAAUGGCCAUCGAACGGGCACAUUCUGGGCUUCUACUGAUGGUCUGCCAACGAAUGACAACAAUUGUUCGGAGGACGGCGGAGCCCGUCAAGUGGGUGACCUCGGAUUAUUUGCAAGUAAUGCGACCAACUUCAUGUACAGUGAUCUUGGUCCAGGAGUUCGUACUCCGAUGCAUCGGACCCCCUCUAUCGACUAUAACAUCCUGAUCCAUGGGGAACUCGUUUUGAUAACAGACGAUGGGACAGAAACACACCUCAAGAACGCAGGAGAUGUUGUGAUUCAGAAAGGGACAAAUCAUGCUUGGAGAAACCCAGGGAAGGAAUGGACACGGUGGGCGACAGUUCUGGUCGAUGCGAAACCAGCGGUAGUAAAUGGACAAGAGCUGGGAUGGCUUUUGGAGAUGGACAAGUAA